AGCACGUCACUCGGCAACGACGCCGGUCAGCUCGCUAGAGUCGCCCGAUCGGUUCAGUCUGUCGCUUGAAUCGUACGCGCUUGUUCGUUACUUGUUACUCUGUAGCGUGCUCGGACCGAACUUUGUGCAAUCCUAGAUAAGUGUGGAUCGGAUUAUUUGCAGUGUGUGUGACGCUCAAUGACAUCGGAUGUGGAUUUUUUAGUGUUCACCUCAAUAUUUACCCAUACGGUUCCAAUAAUACGAGCCGAUGGUCCUUUUGAAUAGUAACAUGAAAAUUAAUGGUUGCUAGUAAGGAAGAAAAUUGAAAAUGACAAUCGACAAUGCUGGUCGUCCGCCUGCACCACGUCGAACAUCAACGUACAGAAGUUAUGACGAGCUCGGUAUAAUAGAUAGAGGAAGGCCUUUAAGAUAUCGCCAUGGUGGCGUCGAAGAUUUAUCCGGAAUAGAGCAUUUAAGACAUAGAACUUUCGGAGGUCAUGACAUGGAUAACAUAACUGUAAUAAGCUCUGAGGAAUUGCCCAAACCAAAAAGAAAGACUAUCGAAGGCUUGGCAAGUGGCUUCAGAAGGACAUUUUCUGUUCGUAGUAGUAGAAGAGAGCCUGAGGGUAUUCCCAUGGAUACUUUUAGUGUGACUUGUGAAGAAAAUUUUGCAACAGUGAGAGGUGCUCCAUUUGGGAGACGCAGAUCUUUAUCCAGGGACCGAGGGUCCUCAUUGCUUGGAAGAAGUUCUUCCGAAGGAGAUGUAAGGAUACCACUACCACGAGCUCCACCUGCCAAUCCGACUCCCAGAUUACACCGUUGUCUCCGCGCCCUUGGAGGAAGUUGGAAGAACCUUCUAUUAUUGGGCGGUAUGUCCCGCGGUGGCAGCGGCGCCGGGAAGACGGCGACUGCCAAGCGCGUGCCCCCACCAGCAGUUCCUGGAGAUGCGUUCGGCACACCACAGCACCGACACUCCGGGUCCAGCUUCGGCUCGCAAGGAUAUGCCUCCUGCGAGGAGCAGGCGUAUCCUCAGCCACCGGACACCCCUUCGCAUACCAGAGAUGAUCAUUCUGACUACGGCAGCACAGUGUCCGGGGUGUCUGGAGUGUCGGGAGCUAGUGGGAGUUUGGGCAAGAGUCCAGCAGGUGGUGGAACGUUCACCUUCCCUCCACCCACACAGCCGUUGACACAUAAAGCGGCGGUGUACUACCAUCAUCAGCUCGCACUGAGUGAUGACCAGGGGAUUGACAUGACCCAGAGUCCAGGCCGCGAUAGUCCAGGAUCAUCUUCAGGAUCAGCCGGCUCUGGCUCCCGUCAUUCCUCAGCGUCUCUCGACAGUGGCAGAGCGUCGGGUCGAAUGCCACACCACCACCACUCAGCUUGCCAUUGUGGGGACACCGUUGAUAGAGUGCGCGCGAUGAUAGCUCAAGGAUUACCGGACCCAGAUAUAAUACACGCAUGGUUAGCCGACUUACAAAUGGAGGAGUACGCAAGGUUGUUCAUAGAAGCGGGCUACGAUCUACCCACCGUCACCAGGAUGACGCCGGAGGACCUCACAGCUGUCGGCAUCAAGAAACCUAACCAUCGGAAGAGGUUAAAAGCUGAGCUCGCCAACUUGAAUGUGCCAGAUAACUUGCCUGAUUAUAUCCCGGGAUCUCUAGAAGAAUGGCUGCGCUUGCUGCGGCUGGAGGAGUACGGCCCCGCGCUGGUCGCGCAAGGCUACCGCACCGUGCAUGACGUCACGCAACUCGCGUGGGAGGAUUUAGAAGACAUGGGCAUUGUUCGUCUUGGUCAUCAGAAGAAAAUCCUCCUCGCAAUAAAAAGAGUGAAAGACAUCAGAGCAGGGAAGCGCAGCAUCAGUACCCAAGGAUCACUCGACUUCACACGAAUACCCGGACAGGAUUUAUAUCCGAGGGAGCAUUACCAGCCCUGGGAGAGACACGCGAGGAGUUACCAUAAACCCCCCGAUCUAAAGUUUGAUGCCAUUCCGACGCCCCUAUGUGGCACAGACUUGGUCCCCAUCCAGAUACGUCAUCCACGCGGCAAAUCGCUAGAAAGCUUAGAAGACCCAGCAGAAAGAACUUCCCACACAACAUUCUCCCCAGAAGCGGGGUUCUACUACGGGGGGCAAUGGCGACGCUCGUACGACGAUGGGGACAUCACACCAACUAAUGAUAGCUCAUACGAAGGCGGGGGAACUUUACCCCGUCCUAGAGGGCUCGUCAGACCCCGACCGGUAGCUAAAAUCCAAGCCACGCCCGCAUACAGAGAUAAAUCACCCGAUUACACGUAUGACGAAAUCGCGUACUCCGCAAGAUUACAACGUGUGGCGUACGGGGCGAGUCCGCACGUUGCGAGGAAACCUCCGCCAGAACCUCCUAAGCGACAAAGCUCUCAAUAUACCCCGUUCACAAGAUUCGGUCAGACAACGGUGGAAAUUCACCCGGAGAAGAGUCUUCCACUGAGUUUACCGGCGUAUCCCAGUUCGGAUUCUCUGAGCGUGUCUUUGGAUAGUACGGGGUUGCUCCCUCCGCCUCCCGCGCCGUCUUCCCCGCCGCGGAGGUAUGAAGAUGACAAGAUGAGAACCGGCUCCGAUGCUAGUUUUAAGUCAAGUUCCAGUACAGAAUCAGACAGCAUUCCAUUCGCAAAUGAAAAUGCGGGUACAAUAAAACAAAACCGCGGUCAAAUCACAGGCCGGCCGCACACUGUCGACUACGGCCGAUCAGGCAUCGGUCUAUCCAGCCUUCCCCCGCGGAACCCUGACAUCAAGUCCAACCAUCCCCUACCUGAACAUAAGGACGAAAACAAGAGCACGGAACCAGUUGAUGUUCUCAACGAUAUAGGCAACAUGUUAGCCAACCUAACAGACGAACUGGACGCCAUGUUGGAAGAAGAGAAACGUCAAGGCCUGACAGAUUCCUAAAACUGUUAAUAACUUUUAUUUAAAAUACUGUGUACUCGAAUACAAAAUUAAUUUUAAUAAAAACCUAUAAUUAUUAAAUUCCAAAGAUUAUACUCGAUCGGUACAAUAUUACAUUCACUAUUCCGUAUUCGAUAUGUGUAAUAUUGACAUUGAUGGUAGUCAACAAUAAAAAUACGUAUAGAAUUCGAAGCGGGAUCUGUUAAAUUCUAUUUGAAAAAGGUGUAAACUAUACGUCCGUGAUGUAAACUAGUUAAGGUGAUAUCGGACGGUUCAUCCAAGUGAAUUCACUCGAGUUAUUGUCUCAUUCUGUUUGACUCUAUGAUCGAGUCAUUAAGUUUUAUGUUUUUUCCUGUACCUAUCUAUUAUCUAUGAUUCAGAGGCUUCAUUUUGAUUGAAGGAUGCCAAGAGGAUGCCGAAUGAAAGAAAAAAUGAACUGUCUUAUAUCAUCUUAACAAAAACAAAUGUUUUUCAAUUCCUAAAGAAAUAAGUUAAGAAGUCAGCAAUAAUUCUGUAAAAGUUAUAAUUAUUAAAUUAUUAUUCGACGCCAAAGCAUUAUCACUAAAUGCCACAUUACUUAGACUAAGUACAUGUCUAGACAGACCCUCCGGCAAGAAAAAAAAUGAUGUUUUGACUUUUAAUUCCUAUUUUAAAUACAUACUACAAAUAAACCUUAUCACAAUCCUUUAAAGCUUUUUAAAAAUGAAGACUUGAAAAUUACAUGGUAAUGCUAUCUAUUCCCACGUAACUAUUGCGUAUGUAAUGCGUAAACUGAACCGAUUUUCGGAACAUAAGAAUAAAGCUAUUGAUAGUGUUAAUAUGGAUCAUGUACUUAUCAAGUAGAUAUAUAUUUACAUUUUUCUGUUUGUGAAUCUUUUAGUUUUCAGUGACCAAUAAUGAAAUAAUGUUGAAAUAAUUAUAAAACAAGCUCUAUCAAGGCUUUACUAUCGUAGGGACAUGGAUUUUGUAUGCGGGUUUCGCGGUAUUUUUACCGACUGCGCGCGCGCUUUCACUGCCUUCAUCCGUCGCAUUGCUCUUUCUUAUUUCUACUGUAUAUCGAUUAUACAAUAAAUACUAUUUUUCACAUUGAUAAACAUUACACAGUUUCUAUAACGCCACAUGGGGACUAAAAGAGGAGCAUAUAAAAACAUUAAUGUAUUGCUAUUUCAUUUGCACUUAUGUGACAUGCUUGAUGUACGUCUAUCAAAUAUUAAUCUGUCAGUCCUCUAGGCUUAGACAAUUUUAGCAUUUUAUACUGAUCAGUAGGUAUAUUGACGUUUAUAGGUUAUAAUUAUUAUUAUUUGUUUCUCUGUUUCAGACAUUUUUGUUGUUUUUUUAUUAUUUAAACUAAGUAGUUUCUUACUUUGGUAUAUUUAGUUACUUUCAUUUCCAUAUCAGCUGGGAAAGAUUAAAAAUUAGGUAUAGUCUGAUCCAAAAACAGAUGAAAAUGGCUAUUUUUGUAAAUAACGUUUACUUAAAAUUACUGUCAUAGAACGAAUAUAUCCAGUAGCUAGUUUUCCAUGUACAAUAAAAUUGUAGAGUACUUGUGUAGAAUAGACUAGUUAGAAUUUAUACAAAAUGAUAGCUCUAGAAAUAGUGUGACAAUUUAGGGAUUACAAGGAAUGUAUAAUAGCCCUUCAUGUAAGUAGGCAAAGGGCAGGUGAUAAGAAGAUUUACGUCAUUCGAACAAUAUUUGAAAACUUAGCAACUUAACUUGAAAUCUACUUACGUAACCUGAAUGUCUAAGAAAAACUCUUUACGGUGCGUUUUCACUGAAGAAGAGCGGAGUGGAGACGUGAUCAAUAGACUAAUCAAAUUAUUGCUAAUGACGUGAUAACUUUAUCUCGUCAUCUUUCAAUAAUCUAAUCGGUUGAAGAGUGAAAACGUACGUGUCUGCUCCGCUCUACUUUAGUGGAAUCGUAUCCUUAAAUAUAUUUUUUAAUUUAUAUUUAGUGCAAAAUAUUUUUAUGUACCUACCAUCGGGUAGGUACAUAAAAAUAUUUUUCCAUUGUAGUGAGAGGAAAGUGUAAAGCUUUAAAUAAAAAGUCAAAUUUUGAAAAAAUUAAUAAAUAAAAUACUUACUUUUCAAAAAUGAUGUCGUAAAUCUUCGAGUCACAAGCUAUUAAUUUUGUCUACACAUACCUACCUAGUUAUAAAUCUCAUACACUUUACAAACUUUUGAUUGUGUUAUGUAUGUAAUUUCAUGCUAACUCAUUGUUAGUCGUCAAAGUCUAUGAAUGGCAAUCGAUACGCUAGUUUUGAUGAAUGCUAGGCUUUUCAAGAGAAGCGCUCUUUAAUAUUUUGCGAACUUGCAUAAACUACCCAAACUGAUAUAGGUAAUAAAACACUUGGGCUUUUGUUGGCGCUAAAUGUAAAAAUUAUUAAAAAUAAAGAUUUCAUAUAUUGAACAUGAAAAUUUUUAUCAAUCAAAAAAAAAAUCUGAUGCGCGCCAGAAGGCACUCUGCUCAUACAUUUUGUACUAUACCCCGCAGACACGUACGCUUCAGAUUUUUGCAAUGUGAGUAGGACGGAAAAAUUUCUGAAAAUUUCUGAUAUUAUGCACCCGUAACAUAAAAAAUGUGGUGAUGUUGUUUAUAACUAUUAUGGUUACAACAUUUUCUAAAUUUUCUCAAACAUCUCUAUCCUCCAAUAAUAAUAAUAUCUCCAUACCCAACUUUAAUAAGUAUUUGUUAAUAUGAUUAAAUUAACGUAACUAUAUCAUCUCUAGAUUUUUUUGUUUUUAUAUGUUUAUUCAUUUUAAAGUGAUAGACAUGCAGUGGCCAUAUUACUAAAGUAGUGCUUAACGAACCACACACAAGUAAAGAUACUAUAGAUACAAACAAGGGUUUUUUUUUUAAAUUGAGAUAAAAAUGUUUUCAAAUUCGUUACCUACAAAAAAUGAUUAUCAAAAUAGUUCACAUAAUUCAAUAUUUUUUACCCAUAGCUAACAUGACACAUAAAUACAAUAAAUAACUCUAGUAUCUAAUGUAGCAUAUUAUCAAAUAUUUUUAGCUUUGUACUGUAAAUAAAUUUAGGUAGAGAUCAGUGUUUAUAUACAGUCUCCUUUGAUACCUAACAAACAAGUCUUAUUUAGAACUUUUGUAUACUUACAUUUAUUAUUAAAAUAAACCGUCACUUUAUGUUACUUUUAUUUUUAUUAAUUCUACUAGGGUCGCUAGAAUAGGACGGUGCUAGAGAUAAAAUUGUAAAGCAAACCAUUUUUACAUGAUUAUUGUUUUUUUUGAUUCUAAAUAUAUAAAUAAUAACUUUUUUCUGUGAACUAGUCAAAAUUUUCUUUUCAGUGGCGGUUAUGUAAAGUAAUGUAUGGACUAUUACUGAAAGCAGCUUAUAAUUAUCUUAUUUUAUAGUUCAGUUCUUAUUUGAAUAAAUAUUUGUAAUAUUUAA